AGGGAAGGGUCGCUCAUGCGCCCUGCGCCGUUCUGCCUCUCGGUUGCAUGGGCUUGGAGAUUCGAGAUCACUCCGCAUUCGAACUUGACCCCGGUUCAUGUAUUUGAUACGCUUCGAAAAUGGUCGUGAGAAAAAAGAUACGGGACAAAACUAAUUCGGCUCAUCGAGUGAAAAAUGACAGUGGCUUCUGAAGAUGCCGAAGACUAUUUGGUGCGUGUUAGGGCUCAGGUGAUGACACGCGAUGACAGCACGGGUGGAUGGGUCCCCAUGGAUGGUGGAGGCCUUUCCAACGUGUCUGUCUGUAAGCGUGAAAUCUCCAUUGAAGAAGAGCCAAAAAAUGAAUAUCUGAUAUAUGGGAAUAAAUUAUCAGACCAAAGUAUAAUAUUGAGCUGUGUUAUUAAAAAAGACUUUGAGUAUAACAAAGUAAUGCCAACUUUUCAUCACUGGAAAACGGGAAACAAGAAGUUCGGCCUGACAUUUCAGACGGCUGCCGACGCAAGGGCUUUCGACAAAGGGGUGAAAACUGCGGUCGAGGAGCUAAUUGACGGUUUUGCUGCACAAUAUAAAUUAAUCAAUUCUUUAAAUCAUGUUGAAGAUGUGGGAGAUGAUGACGUAUUUAUGACCCUCAACUUACCGGUUGAGAGGGGAGAUUCAAGAUCAUCUUCGGAUUCUUCAACUGGUAAAACACCUCCUCCUCCACCGCCGUUAGCUGCUGUGACAGAACAAGAUAUCGGAUCUAAUGUAAGUUACGGUUACAAGCAGUUGACAACAGUGCAUGAGUUUUCACGACCGAUUGUCGACGAGAACAAAAUGACGACCAUAACAAAGGCACCUUGUAAGGAUAGUGAUGAAAACCUGAAGAAAAAAUGUUCAGUAACUCCUCAGUCGCUUUCAACCAAGGUCCAAGGUUCGAGGAAAAAAGAAAGGUGCCGGUUUUGCCACGAACCGUUCUACAGAGACAGCAAUCAAAGAGGUAGCUGUGAAUAUGCACCGGAUUGUGUCAAAAAUGCUAUAAAUACAAUAUCGUGUGUAUCUUGUGCACAAUGUAUGCUCUACCACUGUAUGUCAGAUCCCGAGGGAGAUUACGACCAACCAUGCUUCUGCAACACUGCCGACGAUCAAUGGACGCGGAGGUGGAUCGGUCUGGCUUUGCUUUCCCUUAUCGUACCUUGCCUCUGUUGUUAUCCACCACUACGAGCUUGUCAUAUGGGUUGUAUAACAUGCGGAAUAUGUGGUGGAAGGCAUGCACCUGUUUCCCAAUAAUUUAGUAUAAGAGGCUCUUAUUUUCCCGAGGGCUCAGGGGAAAAUACGACUUCUCUUGUCACUGGAUGUCCUAGCUGCUGUUGUCCAAUCUUUAAAAAAAUAUAUGAUUUUCAAAGUGGUUCAAAACCAUAUAAAUGUGUUAUAUGUAAUUCAUGUUAAUACAAAUGGUAAAAAAAAAAAAAUAAGUAUGUCAGUUAUUAAUGUUUUGAAUGUGCAUAAUCAAAAAAAUGUAAAUUGAUUAAUUAAAAUUUAAGAGAGGGAAGUUAAUGCUUUGAAAAAAAAAAAAAGUGGACACUUAAUAGUGCAAAAUAAUUGCUUGUAAAACUGUUGUCAAAUAAAAAUCGAUGGAAUUAGAGUUCUGCAAUUCACAUUACUGGAGUUGUUGAUAAUGUUAUUAAUUUUAAUUAUUGUAUAAUAGUAAUGUGAUUGUUAUGUGUCACUUUGUUUUUGUCAAAAUUUAUUUUUAAGGCAUUUCAUAUUAUUAGCUUUUAAAACAUUGUUGUUUAAAAAAAAAUUUAUUUAUUCUUUGUAUAGAUAGUUACACAUAGUUUAUAUUUACUGCAAAAAGAAGAGGAAAAGAAAAACUGAUUGUAACUUAUAUUUUUGCAUGUUUUUUUCCACAAUCCACUUUAUACAUAAGUGUAACAUUGUUAAGAUGUAUAUUCUGUCCCUUAAAUGUGCAUUAAUUCUCAUCCGCACAUUUAAGCUUGCAAAUUGGAAGUGAAUACAUAUAAGAUAUGUCAUUCUUUUUAAAACCUUAUACUAUAUAAACUGUAAAUAUAUAAACAAAAUUCAA